AUGCCAGUGCGGAAGAAGCAGCGACGCGACGUGGUCGUGACAAGUGCCGAUGCUAUCGAUGACGUUGAGGAAAAGAAAGAAAUGGUUAUGGUACGUCUUGUCGAUGAAAAUGGCAAUUGGGCUGGAGCACAAAUUCUUCUCCCUGUUUCUGCGACACCAAGGCAGUUGGAUGAAUUACUCUCCUCUAUGUUGGAUGAGGAUGCACAAAUUAAUCCGUACGCAUUUUUCAUAGAUGGUGAACAAGUUAAUGAUAGCGUUCGCGAGACAUUAUUUAAGAAACAGCGAGAGGCUUUUGUUGACAAAAUGUUAAAAGAAGGUAGACGUGUCCGAUCUCAAGAUGUGGAUAAACUAAUGUUUGAAUUGCCAGAAGAAACAAUUGUGGAUAUUCAGUUUAAACCCCAAGCCAAAUUUCGUGUGAGACCUGUAACAAGAUGUGCUGGAACACUUGAUGGUCAUAGCGAAGCGGUGCUUGUUGUAAGUUUUUCACCCAAUGGUGAAGUACUGGCAACUGGUGGUGGAGAUAAAGAAAUACGUCUCUGGGAUGUUAACACAUUAACUCCCACAGAAGAGCUUAAAGCUCACACGAGUUGGGUACAGGUGUUAUCUUGGUCCCCCGAUGGGAAUUAUCUAGUAAGCGGUAGCAAGGAUGGUACUCUUAUUGUUUGGACACACGAUGGAGCAUAUGGAAAUUUUAAAGGAAAAAAAUACAAGGCACAUUCAAGCUAUCUCUCUCACGUCUCAUGGGAACCGUUGCAUAAAAAUAUUGAAUGUAAUAGGUUUGUUUCUGCUAGUAAAGAUGCAAGCCUUAAAGUCUGGCAAACCGUUAAUGGUCUUCAAUUUUCUCUUUCAGGACAUCAAGCAUGUGUUACAUGUGUGAAAUGGGGUGGUGAAGAUCUUAUCUACUCAUCUUCACAAGAUCGUAGUAUAAUUGUUUGGGACGCUUCAAAUGGAUCUCCACGUAGUAUUCUUCGCGGACAUGCUCAUUGGGUAAAUUUUGUUGCAUUAAGUACCGAUCUUGUAAUUAGAACAGGUGCUUUUGAUCAUGAAGAAAGAAAAUUUGACUCUCGCAGAGAGAUGCAACAAUAUGCAGAAACGAGAUACCAAGAAGUUGUAAAACGUCUUGGGGGUUAUGAACGACUUGUUAGUUGCUCAGAUGACAAUACCAUGUUUUUAUGGUCCCCACAGCAGCAGGUCACUCCAUUAGGACGUAUGACUGGUCACCAAGGUGCUAUUUUCCAUAUUCAAUUUAGUCCUGAUGGAACCAUGAUUGCAUCAUGUUCAGCUGAUAAAAGUGUUAAGUUAUGGAAUGCCUCUGAUGGAAAGUUUAUUACGACACUUAGAGGUCACGUGGCCGCGGUAUAUCAUGUGAGCUGGAGUUUGGAUUCUCGUCUCUUGGUCUCAGGAAGCCGAGAUUCUACUUUAAAAUUGUGGUCUGUAUCGUCGCGUGAGUUGGUAGAAGAUCUUUCGGGACACAGUGAUGAAAUAUUUUCCACAGAUUGGAGUCCUGAUGGUCAACGUGUAGCCACCGGUUCAAAGGAUAAAAAGGUUCUUAUUUGGGUUCAUUAA